GUCACUCCGCCACAGUCCUUACCGCGCCGGAUCCGGAAGCUUAAAGCCGGAAGCGGAAGUGACGCCCGCAACACCCGCCUUAAGUGUCGGGAACGGUCAAGAUGGCGGCGGUGGCUAAUCCGGAAUUGCCGGUGUUACCCGAUUCGGUGUUACUGCAGGUUCUGGCGUUGCUGCCGUUACGGGAGAGGCUGCGGGCGGCCAGGGUCUGCCGGCGGUGGCAGAGGCUGGCGCUGGACCGGACGGUCUGGAGACAUGUGGAUUUGAGUCCGCACCGGAUCAGCUCCCAGACCCUGUGGCACCUGGUCCGGCAGCAUCUCCGCGACAGCCUGCGGACGCUGCGGGUACGGGGUGCGCUCCACUCCAGCAGCAAGAGGCGGAUCCUCUCCCCGGCACUGCUGGCCGCCCUCGGGAAGCGGUGUCCCCAGCUCCACCGGCUGUGCCUGACAGAGACGGACCUCCGCCCCAUCCCCUACGAGAACGUCCCCCCUUCCCUUACGGCGCUGGAGCUGAGUCACUGCGAAAUCCCUGCUGCCUGGUUCUGCGGCUCCGCCGCAAGGGCCCUGCCCCAGCUGCAGCAUCUCGUUAUCCGCAAUGUCCCUGCCUUUUCCGAUCGUCAUCUGUUGAAUGUCUCCUCCCAGAGCAGCCUGAAGACUCUGAGCCUUUGUGGCACCUACCGCAUAACAGAUAUGGGGAUUCAGAGAGCGGCUCCACACCUGGAGGAGCUGGAACGCCUCGUGCUGCGUCACUGCGUCAUCGGCGACUCCGCCGUGGGCUUCAUCGGGCGCCACAUGAAACAUCUCCAGUUUCUGGAGAUCAGCGACACUUACUCCCUGACGAACACGGGUCUGGCUUGUUUAGCAAGCCUGCAGCGCCUGGAGACUCUCUGCCUUGACAUUUGCGAUAAGAUUUCCCCGGGUGCUGUUAUUGCUUUGUGCCAAGCACUGCCCCAGCUGAGGAACCUCAAAUUAGGUGGGGCUCACUUUAAAGAUGAAGUAAUUGAUAAAAUUCAGGCGAGUUUGCCCCACUGUAGCUUCUCACUUAUUCCUUGAUGCACAGCCUGAAGCAGCAGGGCUUUUGCCAUUU